AUGGAGACAAUUCAAUCAAUUGAAGAUCGGUUUAAUCAAAAAUUUCACUAUGAUUAUACAUUCUUAAAUGAUGAGCCAUUCACAGAUGAAUUCAUAUACUUGAUAAGCACAUAUAUCCCUCAAGGCAAAAUCAAUUUUGGGAUCAUCCCCCCAGAACACUGGUCAUAUCCGGAUCAUAUAAAUACUACUGCAUGUUCAGAAAUACGAGCAAACUUUGCUGAUGUGCCUUAUGGAGAUUCUGAGUCAUAUAGGCACAUGUGCCGGUUUUUUUCCGGUUUCUUUUACAAGCAGCCAAUGGUAAGGCAGUACGAGUACUAUUGGAGAAUAGAGCCGGGCAUCAAGUUGCACUGUGACGUGAAUCAAGAUGUUUUCAGAUUUAUGAAGGAGAAUGAUAAAAAAUAUGGCUUUGCUAUUUCCUUAUUUGAAUAUUCAGAGACAAUCCCUAGCUUGUGGUCAUUUGUCAUUGAUUACAUAUCGAAACAAAAAUCAAGUCGUCCUGAAUUGCUACCUAUGCUACAGAAUGGGUUUGGAUGGUAUAAUCUAUGUCAUUUCUGGUCUAAUUUCGAAAUAGCAAGGGUCGACGUUUUCGACAAUUAUGAGUAUGAACAGUUUUUUCAGUACCUCGAUUCAAAGGAGGGGUUUUAUUACGAGAGAUGGGGGGACGCGCCGAUCCAUACAAUUGGGAUUUGUCUAUUUCUCAAAAAACAAGAUAUUCACUGGUUUGAUAAUUUAGGAUACUAUCAUCCACCUUAUUUACAAUGCCCGCAAGAUCCUGAAUCUUAUAUAAACAACAAGUGCACAUGCGACCCUGACGAUGAUAUCAAUUCAAAUGAGAACUUGAGUUGUAAAACGAGAUUAUCAAAAUGGUAUCAAACCAUGUCUCAGAAACAGAAAUGCAAAAUUAUAAGAGAGUUAUCAACAAUAAUUCUCUCAAGAAGGGCCAAAAUGUGUAAUGUAUUAGAGUACAGAGAUUCAAAGGUCAUUUAUCGUCGAUACGCGUCCUUGUUUUUUGUGAUUGGCGUAGAUAAUGAUGAUAACGAGCUAAUUGGACUAGAGGUUAUACACCGGUUUGUGGAACAAAUGGAUAAAAUAUACGGAAACGUUUGUGAGUUGGAUAUUAUAUUUGGUUUCGAUAAGGCGUACCAUGUCCUAGACGAGUUAUUGAUCGAUGGUCAUAUACAAGAGAGCUCUAAAAAGGAAGUUUUGAAACGAGUUACUCAACAAGACGAAUUAGAGAACAUGGAUGAGUUUGAGAAAAUACUAGCUUAG